AUGGAAAGUUUUAAACAAGAUUCAAAAAAUUUAUUUUCUUCUGUUGGCGGAACUUUUGUGCCAUCAUCAGCAAGUGUUUGCAGCAACAAUGUUUUCGUCGAUUCAAAAGGUUUUAAAACAGUGACUAAUACAACAGCUCCUAUUUGGUCUCCCAUAUCUAUAACUUCAACAACUUCAAAUAAAACAAAAACUAACGAUCUUCCAAUGGAACCUUCCAACGCAGAUAGCUUUUCAAAUUCUAUCGAAUUAAAAUGUUUAAGUGAUAAUCAAUAUUUACCAUCUCGUAAAAAAACGUUUUUAAAUCACAAUGAAUGUGUUGGUAAUUUUCGUCAGGAUGUGACGAACAAAACUGUACUUCUCAAUUUCCCACCGAUACCUGGCAUGACGGCUUCUCGCGGUUGUAAAAGUAUUAAAGAAACUGGUAAAUAUUAUUCAGAAAAUUUAAUUAGUUCAUCGGAAAUAUGUUUGGAGGAAACAAAACCAAAUAAUUAUUACGAAGAAAGAACGGGAGAGAUAAAAUCAUUUGAGGCAAGUUCGGACCCUCAAAACUCGUCCAAUAAAAGUUCAUCCCGAUGUAAUGCUGAUGAAGUAUUAAAAAUUUCUUCACAUUCUUCGUCACACGAAAAGACCAAAGAUGAUAAACUGGAGUAUUUAAUACCGGAAACUUCAGAAUAUCAAAAACUUUCUUCACCUCAUGUUUCUCAAGGAUCUACGACCGUUAGCGUCGACCUUCAAACAACAAGUAAAUUACGAGGCCAUUCGGAUCAAGAUAAUGGUUCCCGCUCACGUUUAUCGGGAAAUUUUUCAUCUAAUUUACCGCGUUUUACAACCGAAAUUAUGAAUGCAACUGGAAAUCGUAUCGAAUGUUCCUCGCCAAUUGAAAUUUCAAAAAAUUCAGUGUCAUCAUUAAUGAAAAUGCCCAUGCUAAUCCCCGAUUCCUGUCCCACUUCUUCCUUUCGUACACCCGAAUCUCCUGUUAAUAACGUGUAUGUUUCUUCCCCGCAUAUCGGUUCGACUUUAUCAUGUGUUUCGAAUCAUAAAAAAAUGUCAACGACAAACGUCAGUGAAAUGGCGACGAAUGUGUCACAAAUUCAAAGCAUCGAUUCUAAAGGUAGUCGAUCGGGUUUUAUACGAGAAUUUUCGGAACCGAAUAAUCAAAAAAAUCAAUCAUAUCAUAAUUUUAAAUUUACUCAAACUCCAUUAAAACCGCAUUUCACAUUAGCACAUGAAAAUACGAAAAAACAAUUAACCACACAAAAUAUUUACGAUUUGUCUUCGUCCAAGUCGUUAUCAUCAUCUCAAUAUUUUCACAAUUUAAAAGAGGAUCAAGAGUUUACAGGUACUUGUUCGGCAAAUAAGGAAUGUUUUCCUUCAGAAACAAAAUCCGUUCGAAAUUUACCGGGAAAAUCAGAUGAACAUUUUAUACCUCAUCAAAAAAAUUUACCUGAGAAAUUCGAUUCUAAUAUUUUGAAACGAACAAAAACUAAUUUUAAUAAUAAAUUAUACGUCAAACAUUGCAAUGCGGAAUGUAAUAAUUCUUCAAAUUGCCAAAACGAAAUUUUAAAAAAGGAUACGAAACUUUCAGAUGAUUUUUAUGCUGAAAGAGGAGAAAGUAAAAUAUUUAGAGAAAUGAAUUUAAGAAAAUCCAAUUUCAUGACUGGAUCACUUGAUGAGUCUUUAAAUAACCCAGAAUCGAUAAAAGAACAACAUAAUUCACAAAUCACACACUUAAACUCGAUAAAACAAAACGAAUUUAUUGGAAAAAUACAUCCGAAUGUAAAUUCCGAAAGAAAACAUGAAAGCAAUUAUGGGAAAAAAUAUCAAAUCGUUAAUAAAAACCACGUUGAAAAUUAUUCGUUACACUCUUACCGUAAAAAGUUUCCGGAAAAUAACAUGGUGCAAGUCAAUUUUUCAAAUAGUGAAAUCGGUUCGAUCCCUUAUGAAAAUGUCGAUAAAAAUAAACAUUUGUGCAACGGUAGUGCUGAGAAAAAACAAUGUAAAGAAGAAUCACUUUCCGAGAGGAAUCAUUUUUAUAUGGGAAAAGUUCAAAGUGGUUCUUCUCAAACAAUACCUGAUGAAACUCAAUCGUACUAUUUAAAUACUCAUGAACUAAAUAAACCUAAAAUUUAUUGUGAAUCUUCUGUAAUUACAAAUUCUAAAAAUUUGACAUUGGAUAAAAAUGUUAAUCAAAAUCAUUUGAUGAGUACUUCUGUUGGACAAAAUUUAUUUUCUUCAAUUAAAUCUGUUAACGAAAAUGGCAUUGAUCAUGGCAUAACGUAUAACAAAUCAUUAAUGAACAAAAAUCAAAAAGAUUUAAGAAUGACAUCGGAUAUUAAAGAAAACAAAAUGAAAUAUUCGAGGCAAAUCGUGACCGAUCAAAGUAAAACAUCAAAUUCAGAAUUAAAUGUUGGCCAUAACAUGAAAUCAUUUGUUCAGCCAAUAUAUUCAGAAAAAAAUGAACUGGUCUCUAUGAAUCGAAAUUCUUUGGCCUUGCAAACCUUCGAACAAGAUAAUGUCAAAUGUAUAUCUGAAAAUGUUGGUAGAGAGAAAGAAACAAGCAUUAAUUCUAAAUUUACUCAUCAUUUACAAAAAAUUAAACCUUUAAUAUCAUCAGUCGAGGAAAAUUCAACGUGUAUACAACCAGUGAAUGAAAACUCUCGUAUAAAAAAAGAAUCUCCGUUAGAUUUAUCAGUGAAAACCAUAAGGCAAUCGGCUGAUUCUACAGCGAAAGACGAUAGGGAAAUUCAUCAUCGAAAAAUUCAACAUUCAUUUUAUGGAAAAGAACCCAUUUAUUCUGAAACACAAUUUUCUAACAUUCACUCGAACGACGUGUCCCUAGGAGCUCCGAAAAUAGAUUUCAAUCCUAAUUUUGCGGGUUUAAAUGGAGAAAAAUUUUUUCCCAAUAUUACACAACAACCUAAAUUUGAAAAUAAUGGUCUCGGUGAUAGCUUUAAAGAAAUUCAUAAAAGAACAAAAGAAUGCAGAGAAGAGUUUUGUUCUCCAAUAUUAAUUUCAUCGUCGAAGAAAACUUCUAGUUCCCGAAUGGUGGUUCCCGAUCGUACUACGAUAAAAAAUUAUAUAGAUGAAAAAAAAAUUGACGAAAGUGAUAAACUUUUCCCUUACGAAACUAUACACGGCCAAUCUUUUAUGGCAAAAAUACCAAAAGUGAAUUCUUGGACAUCACCUUAUACUAAGCCGACGGAACAAAAAUUAAAUUCGAUUAAAAAUGCUCAAGAAAGUACUCAAAAUUUAGAUGUUGUGAGUAAAAGUGUUACGUGUUAUAGACAAAAACAUUCAAACGGUAUCAGUCAUCCACUUAAUGGAAACACAUACCUUCAAACUCCCGACCAAACAUCUAAAACUCCCUACAAUCCGGCAUAUGUGCAACAACCUGAGUGUCAUUUGGCAACACCUCAAGCUCCUCAAGCAAAAGUUGAGAAUUUGGUAAAAGUAGCUCAUUCGCCAGAUGCCGAACAAAUUAUAAGGCAAAUUAGUAAUGGUGUUAUGCCAGAUUACAAACUUCUUCAGGAUAAAAAUGUAUUCAGUAUAUUAAAGUCUAGCUUAGAAGAGAAAGAAGCAAAACUCAUGCAGCUGAAAGAAGUUGCUAGAAACCGGGAAAAAAGAAAAGAAAUUUUAAAUGCGGGAAUUUAUAAGAAACCUGUUUUGAAAUUUUUCAAACCUAAUAGUAAUAAUAAUAAUAUAGAAGUAAAUCAAUGCAAGCAAAGUCUUCCAUCCUUUGAAUCGCUUGCAUCUGAUAAAAUGCAAGUGUCAUUACCUUCGAAUCAAAGCUUUAAUUUACUCACCUCUCAUGUGCCCGUGAAGGAGGAUAUAAAACCCAUUCAAAAAUAUUACAAUCCGACAUUGAAACACGAAGUGGGAAAAAGUGGAAUUCCCUUGAUUGAUCCUGGUCCUCAGGACGUUGCCCAGGGUCCACCAACCGACUUGGAUGGUUUGGCCGCUUUUCUUGCUGCACGUAUAAGAACAAAGGGAGAACUGAAGCAAGUCGGUCCUGUAUUUCAAUCUGGAAAAAUAUCAACAAACGAAGAUGAGAAAAAUCAUUUGAAAUUCUUAAAUUCUGAAAAAGAAUCUUCCUGUUCCGCGACUUCUUCGUCUAAUAAAGGAAACGUAAUAAAGUCUUCCGGAGAAUGUGGACCCACAAAUUAUAUAAGAAAUUAUUCGUGCAUAUAUACCAAAGAUGAAAUGCCAACAACUUCAGAUCAUAUAAAAAAUCAUUCUUUAUGGACUAAUAAAAAUCCUAAUGGAGUCAUCACUAGCUCUUCGGAACCUUCUAUUUUCGAUUUCAGAGAUUCUGAUUCGGAAAAUGAAAUGCCCGUAUUGGAAAAGCAAACCCUUGAAGGAAUGAGAAGGGAUAGAAAAAUACAUGGAUCGAAACAGAAUGUUUCUAGUAAUUUGACGGAUGAUUCGGUGGAUGUUCCUCAGCCUGAAAUAGUCGUUGAGCUUAGCCAAAGUAAUACCGAUCUUUUGUGGGACGCGAAUUUCGAUAGAUUUGUAGAACAAUUGGAAAAGCGUCCUCCGAAAAAAUACCCCAGAAAAAAGAAAACUCGUGAUGAAUCCUCUUCGACUUCAGACUCAAAUUCACGAGAACAAUUUAUGGAAAAUGAUACUCUUGAGAAAGAAAAUUCAUUUCAGUUUGACGAAACGGAACGAAAAACGGAAUCGAAUGAAAAUUGUCAAAACGAAUCACAAUCAAGUAAAACAAACGAAGAAAAAUCGGAUAUUGAAACAGAAUGCAAGAAAUCAGGGAUUAAUGUAAUGAAUAAGUUUAACGAAAAUGAAGAAAAAGAGAAAAGUGAUGAAAGUGAUAAAGAGAAAAUUCGUUUUAACAAAAGGAAAAAAAUAUCGGAAAGUAAAAUUAAAGCGAAACGGAAAUUAAAAGCUAUAGACACGAAUGUAGAAAUAUCAUCAGAUUUGGAUGAGUCGGAGAGUAGCUUUACAAAAACGGAAUCGGAAUCCUCGUAUUUUGAUGAUGAUGAUGAUGACGAUGAGUCUUUAUCAUUUAGUAGUUUAGAAAGUGAAAGCAGCGAUUCAGAAAGUAGUAAUAGUUCCAAUUAUGAAAGAAAUCAUAAAGAAAGGGAACGGCAAAAAUUAUCAAAGGGAAAAAUUCAAACGCGACUCCAAACGAGAAGUACCAAAGAAAAGCAAGUUAAAACAACGGGUAUGCGUUUAAGAUCGAAAGCUAAACCUCUUCCUUCGCCCUCUCUUAAAUCCAUAAAAAGAAAAAGUAAAAGAAAGGAAAAAUAUUUCAAUUUGGGAAGUAAGAAAAAACCCUCAUUUGGUGACGGUUCAGAUUUUCGUCCCGGAUGGGAAGAAGAAUGUUAUAAAUUUAAACAACAGUUAAGAAUGCCUGAAAAAUUAAUAUGCAUAUCACGGCCGCCUAAAAGAUCUUCUGCAUCCCUACCAGAUUUAGAUCCUUAUAAAACCUCUUCUUCGACUUUGAAUUCAUCCGAAAGACUCAAUAAAAAAACUCUUGAUAUCGUUGAAGAGGAUUGUAAAAAUAAUAAAGAAAAUAAUGAAAAAGAAAAAUUAGAAAAAUCAAACGAUUCUUUUUUCAAUUCUGAUAAAAAUAAAUCCCUAUUAAAAUUUACCAAUUCUAAACCGUCGCAAUCAAAUUCAAUAUUAAAUAUGCUUAUUAAUAGAUAUGGAAAAUCAAGUGAAAAAAUUCAAAAAGACUUGAAACCUGAGAUUUUACCUUCGAAAUCUAAUAAAACGGAAAUUUUCUCCUCAUCGGGAAUAAGUUUAGGUAAAGAAAAUGUUUUGAAUAAUAAAAAAAGGACAAGGGAAGGAACAAUGCAAAAAAAAUCCGAAGAUAUAGAUUCAAUGACUCGCGGUUAUCACAGGAAAAAUUCACCGAAUAACGGUAAACAAACAUUUUCAUUAGGAGACAAUGAUAAACACGUUUCCCGUGAUUACAAUUCGAAAAAUACAAAUUUACUAACUAGAUCGAGAAUUCGAGAUUUAAACAAAAGAUCAAAUUUGAUUGAAAUUUUUGGAGAAGAUCGUCCGGCAUCGGCACCGCCUUUAAUCACCGAAGAAAAUAUCAAAACGAGUGUCGUUAAAGGAGAAAAAGUUACAGAUAAAAAUAAAUCAAAAUCUGUGAAAAAGGUUAGCGCGGGCGUGAUCACAAGAGGUAGAGGAAAACCUAUUCGUAGUGGAAGACCCGGUUUACGAAGCACAGCAAUGCAUAGAAGCAAUAAAGCAGUACAAAUGUCAAAAAGGCAUUUGAAUUGUGGGAGGAAAAGAAAUAUGGAGCUUUUGAGAGUGCGUGCGAUGGCAUCUAAAAAAUUAUCAUAUUUGGUGAAUUCUUCGGAUGCGAUAAAUCAAUUUCCAAUAGUUAAAAAACGUUUAAAACUUAGAUCGGUGAGAAGAAAAUUUCGUUCAGGUUUUGAUUAUAUUCGAAAGAAAAAAAAAUUAAAAAAAGAUGGUGAAUCGGUCGAAGGAAGUAGUAGUAUUAAAGAAAAAAAAAUGACGGGGAAACCGGUUUCAGAGAGCGUAGAAGACAUACAAAAUGAAAUUAAAAAUUGGGUCAUAAACAAGGGGUUGGGCGAAACGGUUUUACACAGGGCUGCAAGAUUAGGUUAUACAGAUAUUGCGGCUUAUUGCCUCGAAAAAAUGGAUUGUUCUCCCAGUCCGAGAGACAAUGCCGGUUACACUCCUCUACAUGAAGCCUGUUCUCGAGGUCAUCUCGAAAUAGCUAAACUUUUGCUUAUGUAUGGGGCAAGCGUAAGCGAAAGCGCCAAAGGAGGAGUCAGACCUUUACACGAAGCUGCCGAAAAUGGUUAUACUGAACUAAUUCGGUUGCUUUUAUCAUUUGGAGCUGAUCCUCUUCUUGAAACGUAUACAGGUCACACGGCAUUAUCUCUUGUUACCGACGACGAAGCCAGCAGUCUUAUCCAGCAUCAUUUGGCGGAUGUUCAGGGUAAUGUUGCGCCAGUUUGGACAUUUCAGGGUCCCUCUUCACUGUUCGAUCCUGUUGUAAAUGGUUAUGAUCCUCUGAGUGAGCCUCCAUCACCGAGCACCUCUAUUUCCGAUUGCGAAUUAGAAGUGAGCAAUUCUAUGCUUCCUCCUCUUUAUCAGAUCUCGACGGAUCGUGAUUCCGAUCGACGGUGGAUUUUAAUGAAAGAUCUUCUUUCGUAUACCAAAGCAAAAUCUAAAGAUGCCCUGUUGAAACAGUUGAAAUCUCCCUCCGUCCUAGAAAUGAAGCUUUCUGAAUUUAACGAAUUUGGAAAAUGUUCUGCAAGACCCAAACCCAUUUACCUUUGGUCUGUCAUAGACGUUCAAAAAUGGUUGAAACGACACUGUAGUGAUUUUUGCUAUCUUUACUUAGAUAAUUUUGUACAACACGAAAUAACGGGACGAACUCUUAUUAGGAUAACAGAAAAUACACUGACCAGAAUUGGAGUGGAUAAUUCUAUGCAUAGAACGGAAAUUUGGAGGGAAAUUAUUAAAUUAAAGUUAAAAACGGAUAUAAUGGAAAUUAGAGACUUGGAAAGGCAAAACAGUGCAAUUUUCUUCGAUUGA